CAUAGCAUUAUUUAACCAAACUUGAAACUCCUCCCAUUUUGUUCAACUUCAUUCCAUUGUUAAGACUUUUCUGUUUGGUUUUUCUUUAGUUUAUUCAUAGUUCACAAAAGUGGGAAAAGAGAAAGAAAAAUGGAACUUUCUCAACUUGGUUUUCUUGAGGAGCUACUAGCUCCAAGAAAAGACACAUGGAAUACUUUAUCCACUGGUUUGAAUGAGUUACUACUCCCUAAUGGUUGGACCUUUGACUCAUUUGAUGAAAAUCUUCUCAUCAAUCCAUCUUUAAACCCUUCAUUUGCUUCAUUCUCAACACCAUUAGACCAUAGAUUUGAAUGUCCUUAUGGAACUGAUGCAUCAUCAUUAUCAUACCCUUAUCUUGAUGGAUUCUCAGUUCCAGAGUUUGAUGAUUCAGCACCAGUUUUACCACAACAAGAAAGUAUUGAAGAGUUUGGAUUUGUUGGAAGUGAGAACAAGAGGUUUGAAGAGAGUAAAAUCAGCUGCAAAGUUGAGGAACAAGUUAGUGAGACACCAGUUUUUAACAUGGGUUUGUGUGGUGAGAAAAAAGCCAAAUCCAAAAGGGUUGAAGGACAGCCUUCAAAGAAUCUUAUGGCUGAAAGAAGGAGAAGAAAGCGUUUGAAUGACAGGCUUUCCAUGCUUAGGUCAAUUGUCCCUAAGAUCAGCAAGAUGGACAGGACAUCAAUUCUUGGAGAUACAAUUGAUUACAUGAAAGAGCUUCUAGAAAGGAUUAGUAAGUUACAAGAAGAAAUAGAGAAAGAAGGAACAAAUCAGAUAAACCUUUUAGGAAUUUCUAAGGAGUUAAAGCCAAAUGAAGUAAUGGUAAGAAAUUCCCCUAAGUUUGAUGUUGAGAGGAGAGACCAGGACACAAGAAUCAGUAUCUGCUGUGCCACAAAGCCAGGAUUGUUACUGUCAACAGUGAACACAUUAGAAGCAUUAGGCCUUGAGAUUCAUCAGUGUGUUAUAAGCAGUUUCAAUGAUUUUUCAUUGCAAGCAUCUUGCUCAGAGGUAGCUGGUCAGAGAAAUUGUAUGAACCCUGAAGAGAUAAAGCAAUCACUAUUCAGGAAUGCAGGUUAUGGUGGGAGAUGUCUCUAGGAAAAUGAUGGAAAGCUGACAUAACAAUUUGCAGAUGAUGAAAAAGAGGCAAAGUUUUCCUCUUCAAUAUCAAUAAUUCAAGGAAUUAGCAUGUUAAAAAGUUGUAAUGAGAUUCCAAAUAAGUUAGCUUUGGUUUAUGCAAUCACUUUUAGUGCUUUACCCUGUAUUUAACAUACAUAGGGUAUUUUAGAGCUAGCUUCACUUUCCCAUUGUGAUAAAAUUCCACCUUUUUAGUAGUACAUUGAUAAUGGAAAGUUGUUGCCAAAAAUCCAUGUGGAUUCAAAGUGAUUUUAAUAGAUUCCUGAAUAUGCACAUGCAUUAAAAUUUCUUUUUUGGGACAUUAAACAUAUGAUUAUGUGUCCUUUGUAUCAAGUUGCAGUGGCUACAAAGAGUGAAUGACACAAUUUUAAAAGGUUGGUGAAAAAAUUGCAUAAAA